AUGAUCGUACUAGGACCCUUAUAAUUGGCAUGGUUAUAAACUUUAUUGGAUUCCUAACUCGAGUUUAUGACUCUGCUCCGAGCUACCUGAAGGUUGCCCAUCCCUGGUCAAAAGCAUUCAACUGGAUCUAAGGAGACAAAUAAAGGAGCUGAAGGACACUACCGUAUCGCACAAUUUUAGGCGUGGUCAGACAACUAACCUAAAUGAAUUGAAGAACAAAUUAAAAGUUGUGCUGCCUAUGGUAACCUUGGAUAUCUUUCUGGAGUACGAGAAGCGUUUAAUUGAUGACAUCGACGAGAAAAACGCAUUGUUUGAUUAUUUUGAAUUUUUAAUUCAUUCACGAAAUUCCAACAAGGAGUGUAUAGUCUGUGUUCUGGGCAGUAUGUUGGGACAGGAAAUUCAGGAUGCUUACUCAGCAUUUGGCCGAGAAAGCAAGGAGGAUUUCAGUUUGACUCUGACAUAUAGUCUUCUAAAAGAUGCUGUCGCUGGGCAUUUUGGACAAAAUUGGGAUGAAAAAAAUUUUCGUAGUACUAUUUCGAAGUGGUUCACAGGUUCUUCGGAUCGCUUUGGCCGUCGAUCAAAAAGACAGAAAAGAAGGUCAAAAUCAUUAUAAACUUCUGUCAUGUCCACGAAACAAAGGAUGAGCUGUCGUAAUCUGAUAAUUAUAAAUGUUCUAAUCUUCAAAAUCUUUCGCAAUCUUAAAAUAAUUUUAAAAUUAUAUGUUCAUCAGUAUGAACUUAUAAUAUUUGUUCAAGAGGAUAACGGUUGAUUAUUUUUUUACUGGUUUUAUGAAAAGGUGUGUUUGAUUGUCUGAAAGGAAUUAAUAUUGCCUUUCUGAGUUGUGAAAUGAAAGCUGCCAUGUUUAAAAAAUGAUGAACGAUGAAAAAAUUGAUAAACAUUUUCAAGAAAAUCAUCUGAUGUUCGUGAAUGACAGAUUAAAUCUAUCAUAAAAUAGAAACCAAUUAUCGAGGCAUGUUCAGUCUUUCAUAUGGAGAUUAUGUAAGAAUUUUUUUUUCAUGGAAUUAUUUGACUUGUUUCAUUGCUUUAUUUUUCAUUCGAUUUCAGAAUGAUUUGUAUGGAAAAGCAUUGAAGAGAAAGAGAAUUUUAAGGAACGAUAAAAUAUAGAAUAUUAUUUCAAAGAAAAAUACGAACUCAAAGAAUGAUAGUCGACGUUCGUUGAAAAAUGAAAAUGGUUCCAAAGAUAAAAUAUUAGUUAGAGAGUAUGAUUCUCACUUUCGCAAUUACUAUUAUUUUUUUAAUUAACCCCUUUUUGUUUGAAAACAGUUUUUCGUUGUCUAGAGAGCGCCUGCGUCCAAAUAAGGCAUUAACUUAUAAUUUAUAUGGAAGAAGCUCUGAGAUACAAAUAAAAAAUGCAUGGAGUGGGAAAAACAAUUAUUGAAACACAAUGAUUAAUACGUUGUAGUAGGCUUAUUUCAAGCAGGUGAUUAUUAUUAUUUGUUCAUUUAGGAGUAUAAUUCUCGAUGUUUUUAUCUUCUAUUGUUAGUUUUUCCCACUGAUUGAGGAUAUUUUCUUAUUGUCUAUAAGACGAUUGUUCAAUUAAAUCAUCUAAAUAUGGCAAAUAAUAUUUAGUUAUCGGCGUUUCUCGUUGUAUUAAAAAUACUUACUUAUACAAUAGUUCAUGUAUUGUAAUGAUAAUUAGUUAGUUUGGACACCUAAUAAUGAGUGAGAAAAAACGAACCGUUCGUUAGAGCAUAAAAUAUGUUGUGGUUUAAAAUUUCAAA